ACACAAUGGCUGUGGCUGCAUCUUCAUGAUUUCUCGGUGAAGUCACUGCGCUCGUCACAGAUUUCUCUUAAACUUACCAUUCUAAGCAUGGAGUGAAAUCUUUAUGUGCUAUUAAUGCCCAUUCUUGCAACGAUUUCUUCUCAUCUUUGCCCAAAUCAGUUGUUUGCUUCCCAUGACGACGGACCAACCGGCGGCGAGAUGUGCUCACUUCGUGCUGGUGCCGCUCAUGGCGCAGGGCCACACCAUCCCCAUCGUCGACAUGGCGCACUUCCUCGCCCGCCACGGCGCCCACGUCACCUUCCUCACCACCCCGCUCAACGCCCUCCGCAUCGACGCCAUCAUCCAACGCGCCGGCGCGUCUGGGCUUGCCAUCGACUUCGUCUCCCUCCCUUUCCCCUGCGCCGACGCCGGCCUUCCCCUAGGCUGCGAGAACAUCGACGCCCUUCCGUCCCCGUCGCGCGACUACCUCCCCAACUUCCUCCGCGCCUGCGACAUGCUCCGGGCCCCCUUUACCGAGCACCUCCGCCGGCACCCUCUGACGCCGAGUUGCAUCGUCUCCGACGCCGCGCAACCGUGGACCGGGGAGAUGGCGCGGGACCUGGGCGUCCCGCGGCUCAUCUUCCAUGGCCUCGGGGGCUUCACCAUCCUCGCGCGGCAGAUCCUGCACCAGGAGGACGUCUACGUGAGGGUCACCGACGAGUCGGAGAUACUCGACGUCCCAGGAUUUCCUCACCCGCUGCGGGUGCCGAUGGCCAAAACUCCGGGCACCUUUUGGGGUCCUAAGCUGCAGCACCUACGCCUGAGGUCCAUGGAGGAGGAAGCCAAGGCCGAUGGCGUUGUGGUGAACACAUUCGACGACAUUGAGGCCGUGUACGUGGAGAGCUAUCAGAAGAUGAUCGGAAAAAGGGUAUGGACAGUCGGCCCCUUGUGCCUCUGCAACAGAGAUGCCGCCCAUAUGACCGCGAGGGGAAACAAGGCGGCCGUUGAUGAGAAUCAAUACUUGCGCUGGCUCGACUCAAUGGCGCCGACCUCCGUGAUUUACGUGAGCUUCGGUAGCCUCGUCACCGCCGGCGUCGAGCAAAUUGUGGAAAUUGGAAUGGCUCUGGAAGGUGCAGGGUUUCCGUUCGUAUGGGCGAUUAAAGCCGGAGACCAAGCAACCAUACAGGUGGAUCGGUGGCUGGCAGAGAGCGGUUUUGAAGAGAGGACAAGAGGGAGGGGGCUGGUGAUACGAGGGUGGGCGCCGCAGAUGAUGAUCCUAUCGCACCCUGCUGCCGGCGGGUUUUUGACGCACUGCGGGUGGAAUUCCACUCUGGAGGGAAUAUGCAGCGGCCUUCCCAUGGCGACUUGGCCGCACUUCGGAGACCAGCACCUGAACCAGAAGGUGGUGGUGGAGGUGCUGAGGAUCGGGGUGGCAGUGGGAGGCGGAUCGGCCAAUUGGGGAGACGAGAACAGCGGGACGGUGGUGAGGAGGGAGAAGAUCGAAAAGGCAGUGAGGGAGUUGAUGGGAGGAGGGGAGGAAGCCGAAGGGAGGAGGGAGAGGGCGAGGGAGCUGGGGGAGAAAGCAAAGCGCGCCAUGGAAGAAGGUGGCUCUUCUUAUCAGAACUUGAGCAUGCUGAUACAGCAAUUCCCGGCUGAAGAAGAGUAGAUGAAGGUAGGUGAACAUUCGGUUAAAUUAAUUGAAUGAAUUAAAAAUUAAUUUCAUGUUGACUAAUUAAAUUAAAUUAAAGGUUUAUUAAAAUUAAAUUAACAGAAUCAAUUAUUUUCGUUAACCUUAAAUUAAUUAAAUUUAUUUAAAAUAAUAAUAAUAAUAAUAAUUUAUAUAAAAUUAAUAUUAAAUUAACCUAAUAUUCAUUUAUGAUGCACUAAUCCCCAGAUCAAAUCUUCUAUCUCUAAAUUUAUCUGUCUCGGUGUCCCCUGUCGAUCGGACGGACCAGAUUAUAUCUUAAGACAUCAUGAUAUCUUUAAGAUAUGUGCAGUAUCUUCGUGAUGUGUAAGGUAUCCUUGAGAUGUAAUCUGGUCCGUGCGAUCGAUAAGAGGACAUGGGGACUGAGAAAUUAGGGGAUAGAGGAUUUGAUCUCCACUAAUCCCUUGCUUAGUACAAAGUCUUUUCCUAAGUACUCUCAUAUGUUCCAAUUGAGGAUUGAUUUUUCCUCCCAAUUAAAUACUCUCAUAUGUUCCAAUUGAGGAUUGAUCUUCUAGAAAUCCACCUUGACGUUUUACCAUUGUACUGUGUCCGUGGGAGCUCAUACGAUAAAUAUUUCAGAGUUUGAAAGGGAAUCAUAGAAAUUGAUUCAUUAGCAUUGUAUUUUCUUAUUGUUGUAAGUUUAGGUUAUAAGAGGUUUUUACACCUCUAAAACGACCACGCCAUAGAGUAAAAUUCGAAUGCUGAUCUACUAAAAGAUUAUAUGUUGGAAUUAAGAAGGUGAAAGAGCACAUUUUUCCCUUCAUCUUUUACCUUCAUUAAUAAAAAAAAUAUUGAUAAACUUA